CGACCAGCCGGCGGCGGCGGACGGCGCGGCCGGCGACGGCGGGCCGGCGGCAGAGGAGGCGGCCGGCGGCACGGCCGAGGGCGAGGUGCCGCCCACCACGACCGCCGCGCCGCCGACCACCACCACCGACCCGCCGCCCGCGCAGAAGGAGUCCGUGUUCGUCCGCCUCAGCAACCGCAUCAAGGCGCUGGAGCUGAACAUGUCGCUGAGCCAGCAGUACCUGGACGAACUGUCGCGCCGCUACAAGAAGCAGGUGGAGGAGAUGCAGAAAACCUUCAACAAGACCAUCGCCGCGCUGGAAGUCACUGCCCGUGACGCCGAGAGCCGGGACGAGCUGCAGCAGGAGAUGAUCCGGUCGCUGCAGAGCCAGAUUCUCGAGCUGACCACGGCCGUGGCCGGCGUCCUGGCAGAAAAGGAGGCCGUCACUUGGAAGCUGGUGCAGCGCCACAUGGUGCUGAUGGCCGUCGAGGUGCUGGUGCUAUCGCUGGCGCUGAUGCUGUGUCUGCGCCGCCGGCGGGCGGCCGGCGUCGGCCGGCUGCCGUCCACGCGCGCCGCCAAACAGACCACCCAGCCGGCGCGCCAGGAGAAGGCUGCCGCGCGCCGCCAGCCGCGGGAGGUCGCCACAGACGGCCGGGAGAAGAAACACCGGCGCCGGCCCAGUGACGAGGUGGUCAACAUAUCAGGGACAUACCACGACCUGCUGAUCUCUGAGGGAUCGGCAGGCGGGCCGGCGCCGGACGGCGGCCGCCGCGCCCGGCGUCUGAUGCGCUCCACGAGCACCUGGUCGGUGGACUCGGAGGAGGCGCAGCAGCUGGCAGUGCCCGGCGUGGGCGUGCUGUUCGCCGGCCCGCCGUCCCCGGCCGUGGCGUUCGUGAGCCGGCGCGGCGCCGCCGCCGCGCCGGCCGCCGUCAGUAACCCGUACUCUCCGCUGAGGAGACUGGAGAACGGGGACGGCGCGGCGCCGGCGGUCUCCCCGCCGCCGCCCCCGCCGCCGCCCCCGCUCACCAACGGGCACUGCCACCCGCCGCCGGCAGCGACCAAAGAGCGGCGAGAGCGGCGACGGGUGAAAAAGAAACUGAACUUGCCGUGAGUGGUGCGUGGUGGUGUGAGUCCAGUUCUGGGGACUGACAGGGUGCGGGCAGACCGGCACUCCGGUGGGUGCGCAUUGACUGGGUGCUGGCGGGAUACGCCCUCCGUGUGGGCCCGUGUCGCCGUGUGCGGUCGGCGGGACUGUCUUGUGGCUGUGAUAUCGCUAAUGUGUGUGAAGCAUGGACUCUGCGCAGCGGCUGCGACAAAUCUACCACCCCGUGGGUGGCUGCUAUAACGGAUGGGAGUCGCGGUGUCGUUUGCGCCAUUGUAUCGCCUAUCAUCCCUGUAACUCAGGAUUGGCUGGUCACUGAAAGGAAAUAUAACUGUCUUACACAAAGUA